AUGCCAAUAACGUCAUAUGCAAUGUCAUCAGUUGCUAUCCUCCUCACAAAGAUGUGUCUCUCGCAAGCUUUCCACCACUACCACCCCUUGUCAGCCAGGAGACCUACGUCAAUAAAGCACUUUGUGACUCUGGCAAUAACCAGUUCCUUUGCGAACACAAAUGGAUACCUGAGUGUUCAAGAUGCAAGGAAAUUUCCAGGUGCGGCUGGGCAGAGCGCUUUAGAACAGACUAGUGCGAGAAUCGGAAGUGAAAAUUGGAGAGAAAGGCGAAUUCUUGCAUGGACGAAUGCAUCUUGA